GGGUAUGCAUGAUAUUUCGAAAUUUAAUAUUUUUAAAUUCUGAUAUAUUGCCGUUUCAUCUCGACAGGACAGACAAACUAAUUUACAAAAGUGUUUCGUAUUUCGGUAAAAGUCUUUGCUCUGUAUAGAUUAACAGUGACGUCAAUUGGUAUACUUUCAAAUACUCAUUUUCAUAUGAGUAUCCUUCUUCUGUAUGGAAGCUUUCAGAAUUUCGUGGAGUUCAUCAAAAGAUGCAAUGGACAUUUAGAAAUAAUUAAAGAAUUUCUUUAACGAAAAGAUUAUUUCUAUUUAAAGAAAAUAAACCUUUAAACGGCGAUAACAAGUUCAUAAAGUUUGGUUUCUCAUUGAUACCUAAAUAGAUGAUCGUUUUAUGUGAUUUCGUUUCUUUAUUUUCUUUCUCCUGGUUUUCAAAAUAAGUAUUAUCAUAAUAGCACAGUGCGGAGAUGACUGCGCAGCCUGUUUGCGCAUUAAAUAGCAGUACAUUCUUCUAGCGUGAGCAUUGUGAUUGCGGCUUCCAACGUCUUGUACGCUAAUCAUAACCGCUAGACAAUUUUCCUCCAGAAGUGAUCGAAUUAUGGUUCUAGUACAGACAAAAUUAAUGUUUACAUUUUUUCUUCUAAGAGUUUGUUGAUUCCACUUUGAAAAACACUGAGGUUAGACCCUAACCUGAUACAAUUGACAACACGUGUUUUUGAUAGACGGAUGUAUAUAUGAACACUUGCCUUAGUUAAAGUAUUCUCAUUCAUUGUACAUAUUUAACAUAGUUUGGUAGAUGAACUACAUUUGUAGUUAUAGUAAUAAAAUUUGAAAACAAUGACCACAAACGAAACCACUGUAACCGAGAAGAAUCCUUACGCGUACCUCGACAGAGAUGAUUUCACGUCUGAAAAGUAUAAAAUCGAGGUACGCGGUUUGCCAAAAUACUAUGGAAUAGCUGAAUUGAAGAAGUUUCUGAACGAAAAGCUCGAUUUGCAAGCACGCAAGGUGAAACCAGUGACAGUAGAUGGCAGUGGAUGGCUUUUCGUGUCGUUUAACAGCGAAGAGAGUCGUCAGAAAGCUAUACAAACAUUGAAUGGGAUUGUAUGGAAAAACUGUGAGCUCAGAGCUCAGAAUGCAAAACCUGCAAAAGAUCCAUUUGUCAAACGAAGACUGCAAGAGGAAAGAACCAACAAGCGUUUAAAAUUGGAUGAGAAUGAUCUAAGUAUAUCUGAAGCAGAUAAAGUCAAGUCAACUACUAUUCCUCUGUGGAAUACACCAUACGAGAAUCAACUGGAGCUUAAACAGAAGGAAAUGAGGUCUAUUCUCAAAAAUAUUUGUAACAAAAUGUCAAUAGCGAGCAGAGAUGACCUUGUAGAUUGGUUAAACUACCAGAAAAAUAAAUAUAAGGGAUUGCCUUGUGAAUUACUUCCUCUGCUUAGCACAGAUAAAAUCACAGAGUACAGGAAUAAGUGUGAAUUUACAGUUGGUAGAAGUAAUGAUGGAGACAAAGUUACAGUAGGAUUCAGAUUAUCCAGUUACGCGGCCGGUUCCACGGCAGUGGGGCCGAUAGACGAUCUAUGUCACAUCCCUAUGAAAAUGAGAACUGUAGCUAAAGUACUAGAAGAAUUUAUAGAAAAUUCUCAACUGAAUCCUUUCCAACCAGUCGAUCAUAGCGGGUACUGGAGGCAAGUUACCGUCAGAACUAGUCUUUCCGGGAAUCUGAUGGUAAUAGUGGGAAUGCAUCCUCAGGAUUUGAGCUCGGAGAGGUUGGAAGAAUUAAGAUCCCAGCUCAAAGAUUUCUUUGAGACAGGAAAGGGUGCAACGGCGGGCGUAACAUCUUUAUAUUUUCAAACGAUGAAUAAAAACGUCAACGGGGAGAACAGAGACAAUUUGUAUCACAUCAGCGGAACAAAAUACAUAGAAGAGACACUACUAGGUAUGAAAUUUCGAGUGUCCCCGUUAGCGUUCUUCCAAGUGAACACGUUGGGUGCUGAGGUAUUGUACAAAGCAGCAAUUGAUUUAGCAAAACCCACAAAGGACACUGCAUUGCUCGAUAUUUGCUGUGGUACAGGGACAAUUGGUCUCGUAUUUUCAAAGCACUGUGGUGAGGUGUUCGGACUGGAGAUGGUGGAGGAUGCCAUUAAAGACGCCCGGGAGAAUGUUGUCGCGAAUAACGUGACCAACUGUGAGUUUUUCGUCGGCAAAGCUGAGGACAUCUUGUCACCGGUCAUUCAGCGAACCACGAAGCCCGACAUUAUCGCUGUCGUGGACCCUCCGCGAGCCGGACUUCAUCAGCGAGCGUUGUUGACUCUGCGCAAGGCGAAAAAAUUAUCGAGACUGGUGUAUGUAUCCUGCGAUCCUCGAGCUGCAGCGCGAAACCUGGUGGAUCUGGCCAGACCCACCUCGAAGCAGUACAUCGGGGAACCUUUGGUACCUGUGAAAGCUGUUGCUGUGGACAUGUUUCCGUAUACCAAGCACUGCGAAUUAGUGCUGUGUCUGGAAAGGUUAUCCAUAGCAAUGAAAGCAUGCGACUCCACUUAGCGGUGAAAACCUUCGAUAGGGCUUCAUUUAUACGUUGACUGCUAUGUUAAAUUAGCGCGUGAGUUCCAUCAGAAUAUGCGUUUCUAAACUCUGUGUACCUAUAACCUAAUUACACGAUUUAUAGCAAUUGGUCGUCGAAUCCAUGUCACUCAAUGUUAUAGGUUAUCAUGGGUUGUUAUGGGGCUCAAUGAAUGGAAAUAAAGUGUUAGUAAGCCUAGAAUUUUUGUACCCUACAUAUGACAGUCGCAGCUUUGAUCAGACAGUUCUCAAGAAUUUAUGUUGAAUAAACUCAUUUUCAAUAAACCUGACGAGAAAUUUAACGUGUUAAUAAAGAUCGAAUAAAAGCAGCCAUUUGUAUACAA